AAUCCACCUAUUAAUUUCCCAACAAUACAUGAACAUUAAUUACAUAAGCACCUACACGUAUAUAUUGGGACCCUAUCAGACAACUUCAACUCUUCAUUUCUGCUCUCUCAGUGUCUUCUUGGGCUCCCUUCAUCAGCUGCGCAAACAUGGUUUCAGCCUCUCCUCCCCCAAAAGAAGUAUGUACCUCCGAAGAGAAAUGGAUCGAAGGAGGAGACCCAACGAGGCGGGCGAAAUGGUGGUAUUCGACCUUCCACACCGUGACGGCCAUGAUCGGGGCCGGUGUCCUCAGCUUGCCUUAUGCCAUGGCCUACUUGGGAUGUCGCAUGUAUGCAGGGGACCGGGGACAAUGGUACUGAUCUUGUCAUGGUGCAUGACGCUGAACACCAUGUGGCAGAUGAUCCAGCUGCACGAAUGUGUCCCAGGGACCCGAUUCGAUCGGUACAUAGACCUGGGAAGGCAUGCAUUUGGGGCAAAACUUGGCCCGUGGAUUGUUCUCCCCCAGCAGCUCAUUGUCCAGGUCGGGUGCGACAUUGUAUACAUGGUCACGGGUGGCAAGUGCCUCAAGAAAUUCAUGGAGAUGGCUUGCACCAACUGCACUAGCAUCCGGCAGUCCUACUGGAUCUGCAUAUUCGGGGGGAUCCAUUUCUUCCUUUCGCAGCUUCCCAACUUCAACUCUGUCGCCGGAGUUUCACUGGCCGCGGCGAUCAUGUCCCUUAGCUACUCGACCAUAGCAUGGGUAGGGAGCUUGGCACAUGGACGAGUCGACGACGUCAGCUAUGGCUACAAGAGCACGGGCCCUGCUGACUUCAUGUUCCGGGUCUUCAAUGCCUUAGGUCAGAUCUCAUUUGCAUUUGCCGGCCAUGCGGUGGUGCUGGAGAUUCAGGCUACCAUCCCAUCCACUCCUGAGAAACCGUCCAAAGUCCCGAUGUGGAAGGGGGCAUUAGGAGCCUACUUCAUAAAUGCUAUAUGCUACUUUCCGGUAGCGAUGAUUGGAUAUUGGGCAUUCGGGCACGACGUAGACGAUAACGUGCUGAUGAACCUUAGGAGGCCUGCCUGGCUCAUCGCCUCAGCCAAUCUUAUGGUGGUGGUCCACGUUAUUGGGAGCUACCAAGUUUACGCAAUGCCUGUCUUCGACUUGAUAGAGCGGCUUAUGAUCAAAAGACUGAAUUUCCCUCCAGGAUUAGCACUCAGACUCAUCGCUCGUUCAGCUUAUGUUGCAUUUACAUUGUUCGUGGGAGUUACGUUCCCGUUCUUCGGUGAUCUACUCGGUUUCUUUGGCGGAUUUGGAUUUGCUCCCACAUCUUAUUUUCUCCCGAGUAUAAUGUGGCUGAUCAUCAAGAAACCCAGAAAGUUCAGUAUCAACUGGAUCAUCAAUUGGGUUGCAAUAUUCAUCGGAGUGUUCAUCAUGCUGGCAUCCACAGUCGGCGGGCUCCGGAACAUCAUCGCCGAUGCCUCGACAUACAGUUUCUACACAUAGCCAAAGGGUGUUUGUGUUUGUCAUGCUGGCAUCCACAGUCGGCGGGCUCCAGAACAUCAUCGCCGAUGCCUCGACAUACAGUUUCUACACAUAGCCAAAGGGUGUUUGUGUUUGUCGCGGAACUGUUUACGGUACAAUAGGCAAGGCUAUUGCUCAUCAAGCCAUGUUCUUGGCCUCUCUUAAAAUUAUAUAUAUAUUAGUGUAUGUAUGCCUAGCAAGGGUCUCAGUAGUCAUAGCAUUUUCUGUAUGAAAUUAUCUACAAAUGGAAUGUCUUAAGGGCUCUUUUUGUUCGGAAGAA